AUCUCCCUCCCCCAUACACUACGAUUUAUAGCUCAUAAUUGCAGAGAGCCUACAACGACAGCACAAGGUUAUACUCAAAAACGCGGCCACUGGAGUAAUGAAGUUGAAUUUCUACUAGCUGUUGUUGGUCUCACCGUCGGAUUAGGAAGUGUUUGGAGAUUCCCUUCAUUAGCAUAUAAUAAUGGAGGAAGCGCAUUCCUGAUCCCGUUCCUCAUCUGCGCUGUACUAGUUGGUCAACCUAUGAUGUACUUGGAAAUGAUUGUUGGUCAAUAUACACACACAGGACCAUCCAUGGUCUUUCGUCAUUAUGCACCAGCCGUGCAAGGUUAG